UUUUCUGGGCCGGGGUUGUGUGCAGCUGUUGAAUCCUCAGCUCAUUCCUCCUCCUCCCGCUGCUGCUGCUUGUGCUGCUCACUCACCGGCUCUUUAUUCAUCACCUUCCGGAGCAGAUCUGGAUUUAUUGGGGCAGCCAUGCAGAAAUACUACAAAGAAAUGGAGGAACUCGUAGUGGAACUGCGGCUGUUUCUUGACCUGUUGGAUCAUGAAUAUCUCACAACAACAGUCAGAGAGAAAAAGACUUUAAUAAACAAAAUCCUGUACAGGAUUCAGUCAGCCAGAGAAUCUGAACUGAAGAACCAUAACCACAGAGCAGAGUUGCCUUGCAAUGUGCCUGCCCCACCUCAGAUGCCUCUGCCAGAAAUCCCUCAGCAGUGGCUGCCUCCAGAUAAUGGACCUCCUCCUCUUCCAACGUCUUCCCUUCCUGAGGGCUACUAUGAGGAAGCUGUACCGCUUGGCCCUGGAAAGGCUCCAGAGUACAUCACUUCUAACUAUGACUCAGAUGCCAUGAGCAGUUCAUAUGAAUCCUAUGAUGAGGAGGAAGAGGAUGGCAAAGGGCAGAAGAAGAGGCUUCAGUGGCCUUCAGAAGAAGCAUCUAUGGAUCUUGUGAAGGAUGCCAAAAUUUGUGCAUUCCUCCUCCGGAAGAAAAGAUUCGGCCAGUGGACCAAACUCCUGUGUGUCGUCAAAGAAAACAAAUUAUUGUGCUACAAAACUUCUAAGGACCAACAACCACAAAUGGAGCUGCCGCUGAAUGGUUGUGCGGUCACCUAUGUGCCGAAAGACAGCAAGAAGAAGAAACAUGAGCUCAAGGUUACUCACCAAGGGACCGAUGCUUUAGUACUUGCAGUGCAGAGCGAGGAACAGGCAGAACAGUGGCUGAAGGUAAUCAAAGAUGCUUGCAGUGUUUCUGGUGGGCCUAUUGACUCAGAUGGACCAAUGUCAAGUUCUCCUGUGCCAAAAAGUGAGCUCGAAAAGAAACUGUCGUUAGAAAGGCCAAGCUCAGAUGGAGAGGGAAACCUAGAGAAUGGCACAUCGAUAACUAACGACAAGGAGUCAGUGAAAAGAAAGAAGAGUGGCAAAGUCGAACCUAAAGGCACAGUGACAAAAGUAACGGGCAAAAAGAUAACAAAAAUAAUUGGUCUGGGAAAGAAAAAGCCAAGUACUGAUGAACAGACGUCGUCGGCAGAAGAAGAUGUCCCAACGUGUGGAUAUCUCAAUGUCUUGUCCAACAACCGCUGGAGGGAACGCUGGUGCAGAGUCAAAGAUAAUAAACUCAUUUUCCACAAGGACAGGACGGAUCUGAAGACCCACAUCGUUUCAAUCCCCCUUCGAGGGUGUGAAGUUAUUCCUGGACUGGAUUCCAAGCACCCCUUGACAUUCCGACUGCUCCGUAACGGACAAGAAGUCGCCGUGCUGGAGGCCUCAUCCUCCGAAAAAAUGGGAAGGUGGAUUGGAAUAUUAUUGGCCGAGACAGGUUCCUCCACAGAUCCUGGGGCUCUGCAUUAUGACUACAUUGAUGUGGAUACAACCGCAAAUGUGAUACAAACUGCAAAGCAGUCUUUCUGCUUUAUGAACAGAAGAGUGAUAUCGGCAAACCCAUACCGAGAAGCUACUACUAAUGGCUAUUCUUGUCCCAGUGGCUUGGCCCUUCAUUAUGAUGAUGUCCCAUGCAUUAAUGGAUUGUGGAAACCUGAAGAGGACUAUGAGACAUACCGUAACAGAAAGAAUGGAGAAGAAGUACAUUACGAUGAUGCAGACCUGUACGAUAACUUACCAUCUCCGAAAAUCUCUGCCCGCUAUCCACCAGCCGAUAAAAAAGCCAAUAGGUUUUCUUCUAAUAAUCUCCUUCCUAACCACUACAAAUCUCCUGUCUCAUCCAGUCUGUCUUCUCACUCUGUCACUAACAACUCUGCUGUAGGGAGGGGACCUCUCGGUUCCCAGUCUCAGCUGAAGAGCAAGAAGCCAACUGCCAUGGUCAACGGAAUUGCUGCAAAACUAAGAAUAAGCAGCAGCCAGCCAAAGAAUGCAGUCCCGGCAACCAACGUGAAACGCGCCUCUUCAAAUGCCGAGCAGUACAAAUAUGGCAAGAACCGAGUGGAAGCAGAUGCGAAAAAACUGCAGACGAAAGAGGAAGAAUUGCUGAAAAAGAAAGAAGCGCUACGAAACAGAUUGGCUCAGCUGCGGAAGGAGAGAAGGGACAUACGAGCUGCCAUCGAAGCCAAUGCUGGGAGAAAAUCCCAGGUGCUGCUGGAAGAGAAGCUGAAGAAGCUGGAGGAUGAAUGCAAACUCAAAGAGGGGGAGCGGGUUACCCUUGAGUUGGAGCUUACGGAGGUGAAGGAGAGUCUGAAGAAAGCUAUGGCUGGUGGCAUCACGCUCGGCCUCACUAUUGAACCCAAGCAAGGAACAUCUCGGUCACAGUCUCCGGUCCUCAAGAAUUCUCCCAUGUCCAGCUGCGAUACAAGCGAUGCCGAAUGCUCCCUACCUGUGAACAGUGCAGCCGUUUUAAAGAGACAGCCCUCUGCUAGUAACUCACCUGUACGAGGUCAUGUUUUAAGGAAGGCCAAGGAAUGGGAACUUAAAAAUGGCACUUAAUGAAAAGGACUUCUAUUUUCAUCUGUAACUGCCUUAACUAGCAACGACCUGGGGACU